CCCCCCCCCCCCACUGUCUGGGGUAAGACUGGUCUUACAAAAUAAAUUCAGAUAUAUAUUCUGCAAGUCUUUGCAGAACGUAGAGAAAUAUUACGCUAUUCCUAAAAUGUAACUUGGCAGGUGUUGUUUAAAUGUACGUAUUUAAUAUAUCAAUGAUUUGUUCCUACCUUCCUCGACUUCCCCUUAAUUUUCACAACAAACAUUUAAAUCCACUUUUACACAUAGCUGAAUAAUUGGCUGAAUUCGUAUAUGACUUGUAACACAGAUUUAAAAAAAAAAAAAAAAAAAAACAACUGGACCGAGGCACACUAUUGGGGGUGGGGAGGUGGGUAUUUGCUAGGGAUGGAACCGAGAUCCUUGGAAACUGUUAGACUCUUCCUAAACAGAGGAGCUUCCUACCCUGUACAGAUCCGCACCAUGAACACCCUUACAAGCUUUUGUGAGUAACGAAUGUAAAAGGUACCCCGUGUCCCUAUUUACAUUAUAAAGUACACAUAGCAAUACUUAAUACUUAACUUUUUUUUUUCCUAUGGAGGUGCACACUGCUUUAAUCCAAAGAAGGCACGUGAAACAAUGAAACUCCAAGAUAGUGCGGCCUGAAGGAUACUAGUUGAACUGGGCAUGCUCAGUCGCCAGGCAGAUUUUUUUUUUUCCCCAGUGAAGUGCAAACUACAACUGCGCGUACCCGGUGAACGGGGUGGGCGUGCCCUCGUGGAAUUUAGAACGUUCUCUUAGCCAAUGGGGCCUCGCGGCUGGCUGGCAGGGCUUGCCAUUGGGGGACCGGGAUGCGAGCGAGUGGAGCGCCGGGGGGAGGAAGCGGAGGUGCAGGUCGGAGAGGCCGGGCUAGCCGAGCCCAUUGCAGGAGUAGCAGCAGCGGCCAGGCAGCAUCCAACAGCGUGCCAGGCAGCCCAGCCCGUUGCUUUACUUUUUGCUGUACCAACGUAGUCAUUAUGCCGAAGAGAAAGUCUCCUGAGAAUGCCGAGGGCAAAGAUGGAGCCAAGCUAACGAAGCAGGAGCCCACGAGACGGUCGGCCAGAUUGUCAGCGGUGGUCAUGCCCAGGAGAGGAUGGGGAUUAGAUAGAGCUAGGAUGGAGAGAAACCUGUUCCACCAAAACCGGAGCCUAAACCAAGAAAAACAUCUGCUAAGAAAGAACCCGGAACAAAGAUUAACAGAGCUGCUAAGGGGAAGAAGGAAGAAAAGCAGGAAGCUGGAAAGGAAGGUACUGCACCAUCUGCAAAUGGUGACACUAAAGCUGAAGAGAUCCACGUCUCUCGUUCAACUGUUAAUGUCUCAGCCUGCAGAAGUCCCCCACCCAGCACACUGUCAGUAAAGGGGCAGAUUGAAACAGUGAGAGUUAAGGGUACAGUAGACAUUCUGCAUGUUUGCAGUGACUAGAAUGAGAGAGUAGCGUGCUGUUUCUUAUCAUGCACACUGGAGCCUGCAGGUAAGGCUUCUGUGGUUGUUUAAAUAGCAGAAAGCAAUAAACGCUGCAAAGUGUCGCCAUAAUGCAUUCCUGCCUUGUCUGUCCGCCCAGAGUUGACGUGUGUUUCCAAGUAGACCGAAGCAAAAACAAGAGGCCAAACGCUCAAGUGUGUUUCUUGGUGGGUGAAAGUGCCUUUGCUUAUAAUUGUUUUACUGGUAACUAGAUGUCCUUUCUUUCUCUCUCUAAUUCACAGGCACAGAGAACUGAUAACGAGGGAGAAUGAAUUGUCAUGGAAAACUAGGGUCGAUUUCACGUACCUCUGGGGACAACUUUUAAAAGCUAUUUUUACCAAGUAUUUUGUAAAUGCUAAUUUUUUAGGACUCUUACUAGUCGGCAUAAAAUCUAUAUGAAGAUGGACAUUUUAUCCUCCUAUGGUGAUGUUUUCUGGAAACUUCCAUCAUCCUCAAGUCAAGUAAAUACCAAUUUAAUAUCGGAGCUGCGUGUAAAAUGGAUUCAGCAUUCCAUGCCCUUGCUUUAAAAAUUUAGUCCUGUGCAUACCGUGGUGUUUUUACUGUGCAUAUUUGACUUUUUCAUGCAAUUUUUCUAGAGCAAUAAUCAGUGGUGCUUUUGUGCCUAGGUUUUAUGUGAUUUUAAUGAAAUGUGGAUAGUUGUGGCCACCUGCUGACUAUUUGUGGUUUAAAAUAAAAAGGUUUUCCUGUCUGCAAAAUA